GUUUCCCCGUGUGCGCACGCGCCUCACCUACAAUGCAUCGCGCGGCGAGAAGAUGGCGGCGCCCAUGGACUGAUCUGAACGGGUCGUUUUUACUCACAAAGGCCUUUUCCCCGGGGCCAUGAGUCCGAGCGGCCUGUGUGUGCGGGCCCUGGGCCGGGGCAGGGCGCUGAGGCCGCGGGUGUUGCUGCUGCAGCCCCACAGGCCUCACGGAGCGCCGGGCCCGCAGCUGAUGCUCGCCUCCAGCCCCGAGCUGGUCCAGCGCUUGUCCCGGGACGUGGAGCUGCGGCCCGGCUUCGUCAGCCCGGCCGAGGAGGCGGCGCUGCUUCAGGAGCUGGAGCCACGGCUCAAGCGCCAGCGCUACCAACACGAUCACUGGGACCAGGCAAUCCAUGGUUAUCGGGAGAUUGAGAAGUUGCAGUGGAGUGAGCAGAAUGCAGCUAUCCUGCAGCGGCUGCGGGAUAUUGCGUUCCCUCCAGGGGUGCCUCAGCUCUCAAUGGUGCAUGUACUGGACCUGGAGAAGACGGGUUUCAUCAAUCCUCACGUGGACAGUGUGAAGUUCUGUGGGGACACGAUCGCCGGCCUGUGCCUGCUGUCGGGCAGUGUGAUGCGGCUGCUGAGUGAAGACAACAGCGGGGACCGAGUGGAUUUGCUGCUGCAGCGGCGGUGUGCCUACGUUCUGCGGGGAGCCGCUCGAUACCAGUUCAGCCACCAGAUCUUGAAAGAGGAGGAGUCGUUCUUCGGUGGACAGAAGGUACUUCGCGAUCGUCGGAUCUCAGUAAUCUGCAGGAACCUGCCUGUUAGCCCAGUGGCAGCGACAGGAUGACCAGCACUGGACUCCUUGGUAACUCCACUGAUUCAUUCAUGGUCUAACAUGAUGUUGUGCCAUUGCAUUGUGUCCCUCCCUCCCUAUAAUCACAGACCAGGUCAUCUCUUCAGCAAUCUUUAUUUGAAUAGAGAGCAAAUAAAUCUUAAGCGUUGAACAGCA